CCGGGAGACCUUCCCUUGUUGGUUUAACCCGCACCUCUCUACUUCCCGGGGGUCAGGCUUCGCCUUCUGGUCCUUUCGCGGCUCCGUCCCACCCGUGACGCAUCAGGAAGUGCCCGUGACGCCAUUACUGUGCGCGGCGUGGAGCCCCCGUGUUUCUCCUGUCAGUGGAAGCGCUAGCGGCGCAGCGGGAACAUGAAGCCGGACAGGGGGCCGAGGGGGAAGCAGAGCCAGGCCGAGCUGAUGAUGAUGACGGUCGCUGAUGUAAUUAAGCAGCUUGUGGAGGCUCAUGAGCAGGGAAAGGACGUCAAUCUGAACAAGUUGAAAACGAAAACUUCGGCCAAGUACGGACUGUCUGCGCAGCCGCGCCUGGUGGAUAUUAUUGCCGCUGUCCCCCCCCAGUACCGGAAAAUCCUGGUGCCCAAGCUAAAAGCAAAGCCCAUCCGAACUGCUAGCGGGAUUGCCGUGGUCGCUGUUAUGUGCAAACCCCACAGAUGCCCCCAUAUUAACUUUACUGGCAACAUCUGCGUGUACUGCCCCGGAGGACCAGAUUCUGAUUUUGAAUACUCGACACAGUCGUACACUGGAUACGAGCCAACAUCAAUGAGAGCCAUCCGUGCCCGGUACGACCCGUAUCUACAGACCAGGCAUCGGGUAGAGCAGCUAAAGCAAUUGGGCCACAGCGUCGACAAGGUGGAGUUUAUCGUUAUGGGCGGAACCUUCAUGGCCCUAUCGGAGGAUUACAGAGACUUCUUCAUCCGGAAUCUGCACGAUGCCUUGUCUGGCCAUACGUCCAACAGCGUCUCGGAGGCCGUACGAUAUUCUGAAAGGAGCAAUACUAAGUGUGUGGGCAUCACCAUUGAAACCAGGCCAGAUUAUUGCCUGAAGCGCCAUCUGAGCGACAUGUUGUCCUACGGUUGCACCAGGCUUGAGAUUGGGGUGCAAAGUGUGUAUGAAGAUGUGGCCAGAGACACAAACAGGGGGCACACAGUGAAGGCCGUAUGCGAGUCCUUUCACAUGGCUAAAGACGCUGGCUUUAAGGUGGUCUCGCACAUGAUGCCGGAUCUGCCCAACGUGGGACUGGAGAGAGACACUGAGCAGUUUAUUGAGUUCUUUGAAAACCCUGCUUUCCGCCCGGAUGGGAUGAAGCUGUAUCCAACGUUGGUGAUCCGUGGCACCGGUCUGUAUGAGCUGUGGAAAACUGGACGAUACAGAAGUUAUUCCCCAAGCACCCUGGUGGAUUUGGUGGCGAGGAUUUUGGCCCUUGUGCCUCCAUGGACACGGGUUUACAGAGUGCAGAGGGAUAUACCGAUGCCACUAGUAAGCUCUGGGGUGGAACAUGGCAACCUGAGGGAAUUGGCAUUAGCCAGAAUGAAAGAUUUGGGCACUGAGUGCCGAGACGUAAGAACGCGAGAGGUGGGAAUUCAAGAAAUUCAUCACAAAGUCAGACCUUAUCAGGUUGAGCUAAUUCGCAGAGAUUACGUCGCUAACGGUGGGUGGGAGACAUUUUUAUCCUACGAAGAUCCCGAGCAAGACAUACUUAUCGGCCUCCUGCGCCUACGGAAAUGUUCCGAACAGUCCUUCCGGCCCGAGCUCAAGGGGGGCGUGUCUAUUGUGCGGGAACUGCAUGUUUACGGCAGCGUGGUCCCAAUCAGCAGCCGCGACCCUUCCAAGUUCCAACAUCAGGGGUUUGGAAUGCUGCUGAUGGAGGAAGCAGAGCGAAUAGCAAGGGAGGAACAUGGUUCCUGGAAAAUUGCCGUUAUUUCAGGUGUUGGGACAAGGAACUAUUACAGAAAACUUGGCUAUGAAUUAGAAGGGCCGUACAUGGUGAAGAAGCUGGACUGAAAGUGCUUGGAUGCGUUAUUUACUUGUAACAUGUGUUAGAGCCUAACAUAUCUGUGUAAAUACCGUAUAGCUUUUAUAAGGCAUCACUCAGGCUGGGCUGCAUGGCAGAUUGGGCGCUCGUUGUGGCAUUGUGACUUGUUUUCCUUAGGCUGAUGGCCCAUGGUGCAAGUUAGUUGCAACUCACUUGCUCCGUGGGCCAUGUUUGAAUGAGGGAGUGAACCAGCUGAUAAACUCCAAGUUUCAAGUUCUAUGGUUAGUCAUUUAAGGCAUAUUAAUACAGAUUAAAGUAAUGUUAUAUCUAAAAUCAACUGCAUUAAAUGAAUUGCAUCUCUA